GGGAGGGGGGAGGGGCGGGAUUUCCUGCGGGAGGCGCCGAGCCGGCCUUGGAAAAGGAGAAGGAGGAGAAAAAGGGUAAGGGGGGCAGUGGGAGCCGCCGUCCAGAGUGCCAGGGACCGAGCAGGACCUGCCGGAUCCCCGGCGGGGAGGCUGGGAGAGACUCUGGCCCAGCCUUCAGCAGACCUUCAGCGGAACACACCUUUUGCAGACCCCUGAGACAUGUCCACCGCUGCUGACUGAGGUGUGAGGGAAUGCUAGCUGCUCUCUGGGUGGGCACUGGUGCUCCUGAGCCACGCUGGAAAGAUUGGCGCCCCCAGUCCUGGCCCAUCCCUGGGCUGUCGGAAGCUGCAAGCUGAUAUCCGUUCAGAUUUCCACACAGCCUCUGCCCCCUCAGAGAUCAGCUUUCCUGCUUGUGGUGGCAGCUCACGAAGCACCUUGAGGGGGUACCCGUCAGCGCCUAACAAGAAGCCCACUGCCUGGGACACCAGACACGCUCCCCCUGGACGCCUGGCCCUCCAGAGGGCCAAGGGAUGGCACCCUGACACCUCGGCUUAGACCCGUUUCCCUGCCUCUGCCCUGGACUCCUGAGCUCAGAGCCCAGCCCAGGGACCAGGAUGGGUCGAGAACAGGACCUGAUCCUCGCCGUCAAGAAUGGAGAUGUGACUGGUGUGCAGAAACUGGUGGCUAAGGUCAAGGCCACAAAGACCAAAUUACAGAAUCAUCACAGAGAGCCUGGGACUCUGCAAAUCCGAAAGUUCUUCAGAGCUCCUUGGCUCCACGAAGAGACUCAACGUCAACUACCAGGAUGCUGAUGGGUUCUCGGCUCUCCACCACGCCGCCCUGGGGGGCAGCCUGGAGCUCAUAGCCUUGCUGCUGGAGGCUCAGGCCACCGUUGACAUCAAGGACAGCAAUGGUGAGAGCCCCGUGUGCCCGCACCCCAGACCCUGUGGUCAGAGUUUGCCCCUGCUACAUCGUAGCCACGCCAAUAGAUGUUGGCAUAGCUUCUCUGAACUUGCAAAUGCUUCACCUCUUCAGUCUUCACAGCCUUCUGGGGUAGUGGGUGGUACUGACGUCCCAUUAUCCAGGUAAGGAAGUUGAGGUUACGUCACCGUUACAAGGUCACCAGCUCAUCCGUGGUGGACAAGGUGGGAUUCUGGCUUCAGCCCCAGACAGCCGGACCUCUCCCUGACCAAACCCGGGUGAAGCCAGCUUCGCUUCUCCCUGCCAGCUGGGGUGGCUCCAGACUCUGCUCGGUUCCCUCCUCCGGCCCCACGCCAUCCCUCGACCUCCUUUAGAACCCCCUUCCCUCUGGCAGGCAUGCGCCCGCUGCACUAUGCGGCCUGGCAGGGCCGGCUGGAGCCCGUGAGGCUGCUGCUGCGGGCCUCUGCGGCCGUGAACGCCGCCUCGCUGGAUGGGCAGAUCCCGCUGCACCUGGCUGCCCAGUACGGACACUAUGAAGUGUCAGAAAUGCUCCUCCAGCAUCAGUCCAACCCGUGCCUGGUCAACAAGGCCAAGAAGACGCCCUUGGACCUGGCCUGCGAAUUUGGACGGCUCAAGGUGGCCCAGCUGUUACUGAACAGCCACUUAUGUGUGGCACUGCUGGAGGGGGAGGCCAAGGACCCGUGUGACCCCAACUAUACCACACCCCUGCACUUGGCUGCCAAGAACGGCCACAGAGAGGUCAUCAGGCAGCUCCUGAGAGCUGGGAUUGAGAUCAACCGCCAGACCAAGACAGGCACGGCUCUCCACGAGGCCGCGCUGUAUGGCAAGACCGAGGUGGUGCGGCUGCUCCUGGAGGGUGGGGUGGACGUGAACAUCCGGAACACGUAUAACCAGACGGCGCUGGACAUCGUGAAUCAGUUCACCACCUCCCAGGCCAGCCGUGAAAUCAAGCAGCUACUGCGGGAGGCCUCAGGGAUCCUGAAGGUCCGAGCACUCAAGGAUUUCUGGAACCUCCACGAUCCCACUGCCCUCAACAUCCGGGCAGGGGACGUCAUCACGGUGCUCGAGCAGCACCCCGACGGCCGCUGGAAGGGCCACAUCCACGAGAGCCAGAGGGGCACGGACCGUGUGGGCUACUUUCCCCCGGGCAUCGUUGAAGUGGUCAGCAAGCGGGUGGGCGUCCUUGCACCCCGCCUCCCCUGUGCGUCCACCACCCUGCGCCCAGGCCUCUCCAGGACACCACAGCCCCCUGCUGAUGACUCCCUGCACCCCCUUACCUAUGGCCAGCUGCCUCGGGUGGGCCUCAGCCCAGACAGCCCAGCAGGUGACAGGAACAGUGUGGGCAGCGAGGGCAGCGUGGGCAGCAUCCGCAGUGCUGGCAGCGGACAGAGUUCCGAGGGCACCAACGGCCACAGCACCGGCCUCCUUAUUGAGAAUGCCCAGCCACUGCCCUCUGCUGGAGAGGACCAGGUGCUGCCAGGACUGCACCCCCCGUCCCUGGCAGACAACCCAAACCACCGCCCUCUAGCCAACUACCGCUCCGGGGAGCAGCUCUUCACCCAGGACGUGAGGCCGGAGCAGCUGCUGGAGGGGAAGGAUGCUCAGGCCAUUCAUAACUGGCUCAGCGAGUUCCAGCUGGAGGGCUACACUGCCCACUUUCUGCAGGCUGGCUAUGACGUGCCAACUAUCAGCCGCAUGACACCCGAGGACCUGACGGCCAUCGGGGUGACCAAGCCCGGGCACAGGAAGAAGAUCGCCUCAGAGAUCGCCCAGCUCAGCAUCGCCGAGUGGUUACCCAACUACAUCCCGGCAGACCUGCUGGAGUGGCUGUGCGCGCUGGGGCUGCCGCAGUACCACAAGCAGCUGGUGAGCAGCGGCUACGAUUCCAUGGGGCUGGUGGCCGACCUCACUUGGGAGGAGCUGCAGGAGAUCGGAGUCAACAAGCUCGGUCAUCAGAAGAAGCUCAUGCUGGGGGUGAAGCGGCUGGCUGAGCUUCGGCGGGGCCUACUGCAGGGGGAGGCCCCAGGUGACGGCGGCCGCCGGCUGGCCAGGGCCCCGGAGCUGAUGGCCAUCGAGGGGCUGGAGAAUGGGGACGGUCCGGCUGUGGCUGGCCCGCGCCUCCUCACCUUCCAGGGCAGUGAGCUGAGCCCAGAGCUACAGGCGGCCAUGGCAGGGGGUGGCCCCGAGCCGCUCCCCCUGCCCCCUGCCCGCUCCCCCAGCCAGGAGAGCAUCGGGGCGCGCUCACGGGGGUCCGGGCACUCCCAGGAACAGCCUGCCUCCCAGCCCAGUGGCGGAGACCCCAACACCCCACAGGAGAGGAAUCUUCCAGAGGGCACAGAGCGGCCCCCUAAGCUUUGUUCCCCACUUCCUGGCCAAGGGGGCCCCCCUUAUGUUUUUAUGUACCCCCAGGGCUCGCCCUCCAGCCCAGCCCCAGGGCCGCCUCCUGGCGCACCCCGGGCCUUCUCCUACUUGGCCGGGCCCCUGGCCACUCCGCCAGACCCGCCUCGGCCCAAGCGCCGGUCCCACAGCCUGAGCCGCCCCAGCCCGGCCGAGGGGGAAGCCGAGGGGGAGGCCGAAGGGCCGGUGGAUAGUGCCUUGGGCAGUUACGCCACCCUCACUCGGCGACCAGGACGCAGCGCCCUCGCCCGGACCAGCCCCAGCCCGACCCCAACCCGAGGGGCGCCCCGCAGCCAGUCCUUCGCCCUGCGGGCCCGCCGCAAAGGCCCCCCGCCCCCGCCCCCCAAGCGCCUCAGCUCCGUCUCCGGCCCCACCCUGGAGCCGCCGCCGCCGCCAGAUGGAAGCCCGGCGCCCAAGGAGGGGGCCCCGGGGCCCCGGAGGCGAACACUCAGUGAACCCACGGGCCCCUCGGAGCCCCCCGGCCUGCCCGCCCCGGCCGGCGCCGCAUCGGACACGGAGGAGGAGGACCCAGGGCCCGAGGGGACACCCCCGUCUCGGGGCAGCUCAGGGGAGGGGCUCCCGUUCGCGGAGGAGGGGAACCUGACGAUCAAACAGAGGCCCAAGCCGGCGGGCCCCCCACCCCGGGAGACGCCUGUGCCUGCUGGCCUCGACUUCAACCUCACAGAGUCAGACACUGUUAAGCGGAGGCCCAAAUGCCGGGAGAGGGAGCCACUGCAGACGGCACUCCUGGCCUUCGGGGUGGCUGGCGCCACGCCCGGCCCCCCUGCCGCCCUGUCCCCGCAGACCCCCGGCGAGUCCCCCUCGGCCUCUGCCAGCCCUCCCCGGCCUGACCCUAGCAGCUUCCCAAACCCCGGAGCUCCAGCCCCUCUCUCUCCCAGCCCCCCGACCCAGCCCCCCGUGGCUCCCUGCCCGGGGCCGGCUCUGGAAAACAGUCGGCGGCCCGGGGAGAUGGAGCCCCCGGCUCCCCCUGCUGCCCUCCUCAAGGUGCCCGGAGCAGGAACAGCCCCCAAGCCUGUGUCUGUGGCCUGCACCCAGCUGGCAUUUUCUGGCCCUAAGCUGGCUCCCCGGCUCGGCCCCCGCCCUGUGCCCCCUCCAAGGCCAGAGAACACUGGGGCCACGGGCCCAGGCCGGGCCCAGCAGAGACUGGAGCAGACCAGCUCAUCCCUGGCAGCUGCCUUGCGGGCCGCGGAGAAGAGCAUUGGUGCUGAGGAGCGAGAGGGCCCCCCGGGCACCUCCACCAAGCACAUCCUGGAUGACAUCAGCACCAUGUUCGACGCCCUGGCUAACCAGCUGGAUGCCAUGCUGGACUGAGCCGGACCUGCUGGCAGCUCGCAGCAGUGCCCACCGUGACCUUCCUCAGCCACUGCCUUUCCCCCGGCACGGACGCCGCCCCUGCCGCCCUAGCGGGGUCCCUCCUGCUGCUGCAAGCCAACGGCUGUCGGCACCAGGGCUCUGGGAGGCGGCCCCCAGGGGAGCUGAGGGGACUCGUCAGAACCUGACACCUCAGCAGAGCCCCCUCCCAGUGUGUAACCUGACGGGACGGCCCUGCCUUUUGGGCAGGGACCCUGGUGAGAGCUUCCUCUCCAGGAAGAAAGAGGUGGUGGCCGGGCUUCUGGGGUACCUCCUCUGUCCCCCCAGUGUCUCAAGCCCCUGUGCCAAGGCCCUCUGGCCACCCACUGUGCUGUCCUGGCGCCCAGAGGCUGGAGGAGGCGGUGUGUCUGGCCUGGUCCCCCGCAGGUGUUCACAGGACAUGUAAACAAGCGGCCAGGCCAGCCUCCGCCGCCGCCCCUGCCUGCCCUCAGUGAGGCAGAGCUGGCGGGGGUGGGAACAGUGGGAUUCACAGGUCCCCCAAAGUCCAGACGUUCCCAACUGUAAAUGUUAUUUUUUAAGCAGAGAGAAAUGCAUAUAUUUUAAAUGGAAUUUAUUCUAUCUAUAACUGCCUGAGAGGACGCAGUGGGGGAGGGGCUUCGGACCACAGCAAGAGCACCCACUGCCCGCCUUGGGGCUGGAAGCCUGACCUGGUUGGCCCAGGCCCCGGCUCUGUAACCAUUAACCUCUUCCCCCAACUAACACCAAUGAAAGUGUCAUUCCACGUGA